UUGUACUUGGAGACUAGAAAGGAGCUUUUUACCGUUUCAUCCUGAAGAGUUGAAAGCAAACUCCUACCAGCUGGCUUGUUUUUGCCAUUCCAAGUGCGGAUCCAUUUGCAGAAAACGCACUCAUCCAGGGAGUCUGUCAGAAGCUCGUGCGUAAAGACACUCGCUCUCCAAAUCGGUUUUACGCACCGGAGCAGAGGGAGAGAGAGAGAGAGAGAGAGACUCAGCUACUGUUUGUGGUGCAUUUCUCUCAGAAAGACUUUACUCAAACUCAUUCUGGCAAGGUAAAGUCACUUUCAGAGGCUUUUCCUCUCGCGAGAGUGCGUUAAUAACUGCCCCGUUUCACGCGUAAUUUGGCACCAAACAGUUUUUCGUAUGAAUCUCCUCGACCCUUACCUGAAGAUGACGGAGGAACAAGACAAGUGUCUCUCUGAUGCCCCGAGCCCGAGUAUGUCCGAGGACUCCGCGGGCUCUCCGUGCCCGUCCGGCUCGGGCUCCGACACCGAGAACACCCGGCCGUCGGAGAACGGGCUGCUCAGAGCGGACGGGACCCUGGGCGACUUCAAGAAGGACGAGGACGAUAAGUUUCCCGCUUGCAUCCGCGAGGCUGUGUCCCAGGUGCUCAAGGGCUACGACUGGACCCUGGUGCCUAUGCCGGUGCGCGUUAACGGAUCUACUAAGAACAAGCCUCACGUUAAGAGACCCAUGAACGCCUUCAUGGUUUGGGCUCAGGCUGCGCGGAGGAAGCUGGCGGAUCAGUACCCGCACCUGCAUAACGCGGAGCUCAGCAAAACUCUGGGGAAACUCUGGAGGUAA